ACCUGCAAAUCACUAUGUUCAAGCCAGAAAAGUUUUGGAUGCUGCAUCCAUACAUUAUGUACAAGGGGUAUGAACUCAAGUUAGAAUGGGAACGUAGCAGGUUGUUUGAUGCUGAUGUUUCUGCAAUGUUUCGGAACAGAAUAAUAGAGGAUGGGAUUAUGAAAGUUGUUCGUGUAUCUGAAAAACUGGAAUCCAAAGCUCGUCCUUCUGGUUUAAACACAGUAAAUCUUCUGAAGGUAGCUUCAAGUGCACUGGGUUUUGGUCCCCAGUUAACUAUGUAAUUGGCUGAGCGUCUGUAUACUCAAGGUUUUAUCAG